GUCUCCUGCUUUCUAUUUAUAUCUUUCUCCUGGGGUUUGUGGUGAUGUCAUUUCCUGUUCACGUUUUCCCUUGAUCUCCUAUUCCCCACGCAAAUUAUCGGAUUGUAUUGUUGGUUUUUAUUAUUAUCAAUCCACUAAAUUCAAACUUGAUUGGAGUUUGGUAAGUUUUUUGGGGGGGUGAGUACGAUUUAAACUGGCCGAAUUUGAAUUUGUUUUAGUUGCUGGGCAACCAGCUAUGUAUAUGGACACACACAACUCCCUGUUCACCUCCACGUCCAAGCUGCGAGACCAAAAGGUUAUGUUGUAGGUUGUUCAGAACAUUUGGUGCUGUCAGGUUGUUGUGUUAGCUAUUAACUUUCGGAAAGGUACAGUCCACCCACAGGUUCAUAACGCCAUCAACGGGACAUUUAUCCAACUGUUAAAGGACUCGAACCCCACAGAUCCCUCUGUUACACAGCGACCGGAACUGAAAGUGAUGGCUCUGACUGAAGUCUCACGUUGUCUGGUUCCUCUCCUCUCGCAGGCGGACGGGGCUGCUCGACGCUGGGAGGCAGCGCUCGGGCAUCGAAGAUGGAGCCGGAGAGGGAGCAGCGUCUGGAGGAGGAGGAGGAAGGGGGAGAGGUGGAGACUCCGGCAGAGAGGCUGCAGGCGGGAGGCGACGAGGAGGAGGAGGAGGAGGAUGAGGAGGGCGCGGUGCCCUUUGCUCUGUUGGCGGCGCCGCCCGCCCCCUGCCACUGCGCGGUGUGCGAGAAGGGCUUCAGCUGCCGCUCCCACCUGGAGCGCCACCUGCGGGUGCACACGGGCGAGCGGCCCUUCGAGUGCGCGGUGUGCGGCAACCGCUUCAACCGGGCCAGCAACCUGCGGCGACACCAGCAGCACCGGGCGGCGGCCGGGGGGCAGGGCCCCCUGGAGUGCCCGCUCUGCCACCGGCUCUUCUGCGUGACCGGGGACCUGGUGCGGCACCGUCGGGCCCACGCCGGCGAGCGGCCCUUCGAGUGCGCGGUGUGCGGCAAGCGCUUCUGCCGGCUGGCGGUGCUGGAGAUCCACCAGCGGUACCACACCGGCGAGCGGCCCUACCAGUGCCCGCUGUGCGCCAAGCGCUUCUACACCUCCAGCGAGCUGAACCGCCAUCGGCGCACCCACACCGGCGAGCGGCCCUACCAGUGCCCGCACUGCGCCAAGUGCUUCUACACGGCCAGCAAGCUGGCGGUGCACCGGCAGAUCCACACCGGCGAGCGGCCCUACCCGUGCCCGGAGUGCGCCAAGCGCUUCUACACCGCCGGCAAACUCCGCCGGCACCAGCGCACCCACCGGCCCGCCAGCCAGUUCAUCUGCGGCGUCUGCGGCAAGACCUUCGCCCGGACCAGCCACCUCACCAACCACCAACGCACCCACCGCUGAGGAGGGGCCACAUUACCAGCGGGCACACACACCCCUCCCCUCCACCAGAGCUGGGGGAAGGGUUCCGGCACAGACCCCUCAC